AUGGCUCCUCCUGCAACAUUGGCUCACUGCCGUGUGGUCAGCACUAUAACAUCUGUAUUACAGGAUACGGCCAGACCUGUUCAACCUCUUCUAAAGCCUUGCUCCAUGUGUUCCCACUCAAGUCAAUGUGUCAUUAUCUGUGGGUCGGACACUGCUUCUGUUUCCUGGGCAGCAUCCAGUGGCCUUGUUUCAUACUAUACAGUAACAGCAGUAGAUGAUAAUGGACGUACUCUAACCAGCAACUCCAACAGAACUUCCUGUGACAUCAGCGGCCUGUCGUGUGGUCAGGCGUACAAUGUGUCAGUCACAGCUAUGAGUGUGGACUGCACUGGGCAACGCAGUGAAGUGCGUCGCAUCAGUACUGCUCCCUGUGACCCUCAAAACAUCACAACUGUGCUCCAGUGUGACACCAACACAGCCAACGUGACAUGGGCUGUCAGCGCAGGAGCUAAUGGGUACACAGCAAUUGCAACAGACAGGCAGCAGCAACGUUUAGCUUCUUGUCACUCUAUGGGAACUUCCUGUCAGCUGACCUCUCUGCCGUGUGGGAUGAGACUAAAUGUGACUGUCCAAGCUGAUGGCACCACCUGCAACAGCAGCUCUCAACCUAAAGCUGUAGUGGAAACAGCUCCCUGCAUUCCCACCAGUGUUGCUGCCGCUCUAAACUGUACAUCCAACAUUGCUUCCAUCACCUGGUACAGUGCACUUGGUGCCACUUGGUACUUGGUAAAGGCGGAAAGCAGCCAAGGGUACAAGACAUCCUGCAACAACACUGUCACUCAAUGUGAUAUCCCAAACCUGCAGUGUGGCCAGGAAUAUUCCAUCACAGUCAUGGGCAUGAAUGGUGUCUGCAUGGGCCCGGCUAGCCAGCCUAUCACUCUCGUCUCAGCACCGUGCCACAACACUGGCAUUCAAGCCAGUCUGGACUGCCGCAGCAACUCAGCACUCAUUUCUUGGACACCAGGCAAUGGUUCAUUAAGUUUUAAUGCAACACUACAGUCGCUCCAGGACCCCCAAAAGCACAACUGCUUCACCAAUGGCUCCUCCUGCAACAUUGGCUCACUGCCGUGUGGUCAGCACUAUAACAUCUGUAUUACAGGAUACGGCCAGACCUGUUCAACCUCUUCUAAAGCCUUGGUCACUCUAGACACAGCUCCAUGUGUUCCCACUCAAGUCAAUGUGUCAUUAUCUUGUGGGUCGGACACUGCAUCUGUUUCCUGGACAGCAUCCAGUGGCCUUGUUUCAUACUAUACAGUAACAGCAAUAGAUGAUAAUGGACGUACGCUAACCAGCAACUCCAACAGAACUUCCUGUGACAUCAGCGGCCUGUCGUGUGGUCAGGCGUACAAUGUGUCAGUCACAGCUAUGAGUGUGGACUGCACUGGGCAACGCAGUGAAGUGCGUCGCAUCAGUACUGCACCCUGUGCUCCUCAGUCUGUGGUCAGUCAGCUCUUAGACUGUCGAACAGGUGAUGUUCAGAUCAGCUGGCAGUCGAGUAAAGGGGCACAGAUCUACUAUGCUCAAGCAAAAUCCACAGUCAAGACUCUGGUGUGUAACUCUACCUCCACGUCCUGCAUAAUCCCUGCAAUUUGCUGUGGGCAGACGCACACUAUCACUGUGGUUGCAGUGGCCAACAGCUGUAGCUCCAACACCAGUGUGACCAGUCAGGUCACGGCAGGUCCUUGUGUACCACAAAAUGUGUCGGCCAGUGUAAGCUGUAGCAGCAACAUAGCAAGUGUAACCUGGGGGAGCACCCAAGGGGCGGAGCUUUACACAGUGACAGCCAGCAGUGCUAACGGCCUUUCAGCUAACUGCACCUCAACAUCCACUUCCUGUAACCUGCCAACUUUGACCUGCGGACAGUCUUACACAAUCACAGUGAAGGCAAAGGGCAGCAACUGCAGCAGUGGGAACAGUGCGCCUGUUCAAGUUCAAGCAGUGCCCUGUACCCCAAGUAAUGUCCUGCCCACCAUGGAUUGUGUCACAAAUGCUUUAGUGGUAUCAUGGACACCUGGUGCAGGAGGACAGUAUUACACGGCCACCUUGCAGGACAGCAAUGGACUGUCCACCACCUGCCAGUCUACAGGCUCACAGUGUAAUGUGACAGGGCUCAGAUGUGGUCAACUGUACCAUAUCAAUGUGACAGCGUCAGAUGGUUUGUGCAGCAGCCCUCCCAGUGCCACUGUGAACACUAACUCAGCACCAUGUCUGUCCACCAGUGUGUCUGCCGUAGUGGACUGUGCGACAGAUUCAGUUCUAGUGUCCUGGAGUUCCAUUGCUGGGGCGGAGAAUUACUCUGUGACAGCUUUGGGGUCAGGAGGUCAAAGGCUUUCCUGCUCAACCAGUCAGAACAACUGUAACAUGUCCUCCCUGCAGUGUGACCAGCAGUUUAACCUCACAUUCACCUCUACAAACCAGCAAUGCCAGAUGACCUCCGCCACCAAUGUCACGUUUCAGUCCAGACCCUGUGCACCACUGCAGCCGGAAGUCUCUAAACUGUGCGGUAACAAAAUGUCAGUGAUGUCUUGGGAUUUGAGAGAAGGAGCUGGUUACUACAUCGCCCGAGCCGUCAGUGCAGUAGGAGGAUACCAGCUCUGUAACUCCACCAACUCUGUUUGUACCUUCUCUACUCUGGGCUGUGGCGAGACCUACACUUUUUCUGUCACCGCCCACAGAGACCGCUGCCAAAGUGACCCCAGUGCACCUGUAUACCUUACUACAGAUCCUUGCAAGCCAGAGAACGUGACUGCUAAUGUUUCAUGUGACAGUGAGACGGCAGCGUUUAACUGGUCAAAAGCCAAAGGUGCAUCAUUCUACACUGUGAUGGCAAUAGGGAGUCUGGGAUAUAUUGCAGAAUUCAACACUACUUCUACUAACCUGUCUGUUCCACUGCUCUGUGGACAAAGCUACAACGUGUUUGUCGAAGCGCAUAACAUUUACUGUGAGAGCCCACCAAGCACCGCUGCAGUUUUCAGACUCGCUCCAUGUCCCCCUCAGAACGUAUCUGCCGUUGUGCAGUGUGAUUUAGGGUCUGUGCUGGUGAGUUGGAACCCAGCAGUUGAUGCAGGCCAGUUCAGAGUUGAACUGGAGUCCCAGCGCACCGGUGCUAUCUCCUCCUGUAUCAGCACAAACACGCAGUGCUCCAUCGCCCAUCUGCCCUGUGGAGAGAGAUUCAACCUCAGUGUGGUGGCACUGGGGGGCAGCUGUCAGAGUCAACCAAGCAGUAACCUUUCCAUCUCCUCAGCUCCAUGUAUCCCACAGGGAGUCACUGGUACUGUGGACUGUGUAACUAACUCUGCAUGGGUAUCAUGGGAUGUAGAUAAUGGUGCAGAAUCUUACACAGUGCUGGCUGUAAGGGAUGACGGUCACAAUACCACCUGUAGCAGCUCAAACACCACCUGUAAUGUAGCUGACUUGGGGUGCGGAAGGAGCUACACCUUUAACGUCACUGCCUCAAGUGCUGCUUGUGUGAGCCCACCCAGUAACAGCUUUCAGCUGGAGACAGCACCUUGUGCCUUGUCAUCCAUCGUGGUGGUGGCUAAAUGCAACAGUUCUGUUAUCAUGGUACAGUGGCAGAGAGCUCAGAGCGUAAAGUCUCUCUACAUUGCCACAGCAGUGGAUCAAGACCGUUCCCUGCUUUCCUGCAAUAGUUCCACUUCUUCAUGCAACCUUACCAAUGUGCAGUGCGACAAGGAGUACACCAUCAUUGUAGCCGCUUCGGCCAACCAAUGCAGCAGCCUCCGCAGCCCACCCUACAAGAUCAGAACUGCACCCUGUCCACCCUCAUCAGUACAGGCCAAUGUAGACUGUCAGUCGAAGGAUGCAUUUGUGUCAUGGGACCCAUCAUAUGUGGCAACGUCGUACCUGCUUACUGCAGUCGGCAGAUAUGGAGACUUGAAGACGUGCAAUACCUCAGACAAUAACUGCACGCUAAGUGAUCUGCGUUGCAGCAACACCUACUAUGUGUCCGUUUCAGCCAGUAACAAGAACUGCACCAGUCUGCCCAGUGCUAACAUCACCUUCCAAACGGUCCCGUGUGGGCCAGCCAACUUAACAGCAAACAUACUGUGUGGGAACAGUAGUAGUGCCUCCUUGUCAUGGGCGAGGAGUACAGGGGCGGUGGUCUACAGGGGACUUGCUCAGUCAGAAACCGGUACAACAUUCUACUGUGAAACCCCAAACACGUUCUGUACUCUGGAGGGCUUAGUGUGCGGCACUGUGUACAACUUUACUGUGCAGGCAACAGACGGUCUCUGCAACAGUUCCUUGAGUGAACCUCAAACUAAGGGAGCAGCUCCUUGUCCUCCAACUGGAUUUAGGGUUGUCCCUCGUACAGUAGUGAAUGAUACUCAGAUCUUGAGGGCAUCUUGGUCUACUGUGAAUUGUCCUAAUUCUGAAUACCUCCUGGCACUCACGGGCAGCAUUCAGGGCAACAGCCAGGGACACUUUGACCUAGCCUCCUAUUGGACAAGUCGCAGGUUCUUUGAGGUCCCCCUCCCUUGUGGCUCCGCUUACAGUGCAACUAUCAGCGCGAGGAACUCUGCCGCCACAAGCGACAAAUCUGCUGCAAUCACUGGAACUACAGUACCUUGUGCACCUCUGAAUGUGACGUUCUCUGCGUCGCUGGCGAAAGUGGGAUGGAACGAGUCUCUAUUGGCUACAAACUACACUGUGUAUGGGGUUACUUCCUCUGGUAGGACGAAACUAUGCAUGACCUCAAUGCUCCUCUGCUCUGUCACCAAUUUCAGCAGUGGCCAGAUUGUCGUAACUGCCAGCAACACUGCCGGGGAGAGUGGUGACUCAGUGCCUGUUUCAGUGACAGCAGUUCGCAGGAGGAGGUGAGUCCUGGCACAAAGUGAGAAAGGACUGACCAACCCUGAGUAGAUGCUUGCAUCUCAUCGCACUCAAACUCUUGCCUCUGGGAAUUCCUGCACUUUACCUUAGAAUUUGUUAAACUAUUAUAUACAAAUAUUCUGGUUCAAGGUUCACCUUUUUUUUUUUUUUUAAACAAUAUUUAAGGGUGGAAUAGAUUGACUUUUAAAAUGUUUUCCAAAAUCUGUGGUUUCUGGCUGAAGGAUUUACUUUCAUCCAAAUAUAUAUACAUAUAUAAAAAGUCUUCUACAAACAUGCAUUCUUAUGUUUUUGUAUACGAGUAGUUAUAUUAAAUACAAAGAGCAUUUCUCCAUGUGAUCAGUCUUAUAAAUUAGAAUGUGUAAAAUAAAUUAACCAUAUACAAAACAACUGCUCUUCUUAUCAUAUGAAUGUUCUAACAAGGAACUGAUGAGGGCACAAGUGAAAGCAAAAAAGCACUGAAAAAGACAUCUUUGAGUGAAUGAACUACUCAUCCCAUGAACCAACACUGACAACAAAAUUUAAGUUGAUAAAAUAUAAACCUAUUGACUAUAAAUCAUUUUAAUUAUACCAUUUUUUAAAUUGAUUCCAAAAUAUGAAUACUUGUACAAGCAAUUUGAGAGCAGGACUGACUAGACGGUCACAAUACUUCAUGGGAAUGGGUAACCACUACUUCUCUCACCUACACAGUUAUCAGAUCUCUCUUUAUAAUCAUGAAUAGUACUGUACUGUUAAAAUAAAGCUGAAAUCAUACAGCAAAAGCACGUCUUAAUUUAACCUAAAAACUCAUGGCAGGUUUGUCUUAAAAGGUUUUACACACACUCUAUAAAGAAACUAUGAAGAAAACGAGUGACAUUUUUACUUGCAGAACCUUGCAGUUUGGCUUAU